UUUUUUUUUUUUUCUGGUGAUUUUUUUCCCACUGGAACAGAUUUCCGCUGUUAUAUCUCGAUUCAAUCGUCUAUCAUGUUGCUUCAUUUUGGUUUGAGUGCCCUGCUGCUUGCAGGGACGGCUCUUGCUUCUAUGCCAUACGAGGCUUGGCUUUCUCUCCUGAGCCUCAAGAGUUCAUGUCUUGUAGUUAAUUGAAUUCUACUUACAAUGAUUCUGAUCCUGCUUGUGCAGAAAUACUUCAAAAGCCAAACACAAAUAAAUCGGUUUAUGUCCGUUUUGCUCAGUACCCAGACCCAGACUUAUUUCUAGCUUAUAAGCAUGCUAUUGAUGCUGGUGAGGAUUAUAAUUUUUUUUAGAAUUUUGAAAAUUUCAGAGUUUGAAUCCAAAACCUGAUUUUUUUGAUUUUGGUUCCAAUUUUACGUCCGAUGCAAACUUAACAUUCUACAAGACAAAAAUAACAGAACCGGGCAUGUAUAGUUUUCUUGAAUACCAAGAGAUUGAUCCAACUGAAGAUGAUCCAACUGAAGAUGAGUCUGAACCUAUAGUGUAUUUCCGUUACAAGUCUAGUGAAUUCAGAGAAGAUGGAUCAAAACGUCGUAUUUUUGCCGGUUUGCUAGUUAUUUCCAGUAGUAUAGGUAUGUAUUUGCUUAUUCGCUGGCUCCGUAACCUUAGAAAUCUCACCUUUACUCAAUUUCUUUUGUUUGUUUGGUUCUUUGCAUUUCUAUCAAAUCUUCUUAUGAAACGAAUCUUCAUCGAUGAGGAUAUUACGAAUCAACCUAUUCUCUGGUUAGUUCCGGUGUUUUCUUACUUGUUUGGUGACGGAAUUGAACGCUCUUUAUUUAAUUCAUUUGCUCUGGCUCUUUCACUCGGUUUGGGUUAUCUCCGAUGUAGUUCAGAAAAUCUGGUUUUUUUGGUCAUAUUACUAGGUUGUGUUCAAUCGCUAUUUAUGGUAAUAGCACCUUUGAUUUUCCCUAUCCUAUACUUAGUUGAGCCUCUCAUAGCAAAGCCUUUGCAAUUGGCAUGGAUGCUAUCUUCCCUCAAUUUUAGUAAUCAGAGUUUUUCACAUUUGCAGAAUGCGCCUCAAAUUAGGAAACGAUUUUGAUGAUAAGUACAUCAAAUAUAAGAACUUCCUUCCGCAUAUUUUAUUAUCGCUACUUGUGAGCGUGGUACUCCACGUACAAAGCGCACCAACUUUUAAUGUAAAAUAUGAAAUCAUAAAAAUUUGUGUUGGCGUUAUAUUCUUCUGUCUUCUUGCCUUUACCUUGAUUGCAUAUAAUAGCAGAGUGUUGAAAGAUGACAAAGCAAAAAAUCCAGAAAAAUUGCAAAAGCCUUUGCCAUUGUACAAAGACGAUUCUGAGAUGGAGUUGCCUGCUGACGAGAAGCUUUAAAGGUUUCCAGUUGCUAAAGUUUGUCAUUCGUUUGAUUCCCAAAAGACAUACAUGGUUUAACACCAUUUCCAAUCGAUUAUAAAUAAAAAUGAGUCUAUAGUGUCACCGAAGAACUCUCACGCCGUUAAUCAUUGUACUGAGUUGGAAAAGCAACGUAUACUGUACAAUUGAACGUAUAUAGACGCCAGCAAUGUCCAGGGAUCUGGUUUACUAAAUGAAAUGUCUGAAAGUCAGUUCAUCUCGCCAGACCAGUCGAAUCUUCCAGUCCGAACGUUCGGACUGUAAAGUCAUGGAUUUAAUAACUUUUAUGAUACAGUGGACGCAAAUUAUUUCACUCUCCGAUUUCGCACUCACAGUUUCUGUAGUGUAUCCAAUCUUUUUUUACUUUAUAUUGCGCGACGAUUCUUAAAGAGUAUGUCCUUAAGCUAAUAUUUCAAACGUCAGAUAACUUAAAAUGAUCUGUACUGUUAAUGAAUUCCACGAUAUAACCGACUGUGACAGGAACUAUUUGUAAAUAUCCUUGUUAAGUAAUAAAUUAUGGAAGAUGAAUGAUUACUCAACCUAUUGCGCAUAAUACUAUUCUUAGCCGCUAUAGUAUCCUCCGUUGUGGCAGUACCUUUAACGAAAUCUGAUCUCACAAUAUUGUGGUCAUUAGAGGACAUGAACGAUUACAGCACCUGUGUCUCAGAGAAUCCAGGUAUUAAAAGAUAUUCUUAUUACAAACUGGUUAACAAUUGUCAAUAAAUGCUUGGAACAGGCAGCGCGUUUGGACCUCUACUUGCAGGAAUACAGAGUAUGUUUCAUCAUUGAAUAGGUCAAACUGCAUUUCAGAAUUAGUUACGUCCUUGCUUCUCCCGUUCACACUAGGAGACAACUCCUAUAUGUAUGAACACGAAACCCUUUGAAGCACUGAAAAUGACAAGGGUUAGGCUCGCUUUACUAAAUUCGAAAAGUACAAGAAAAGUUAUUGACGACAAGGGCAAUUUCCUAAAAUUUAAAGUCGGAAGCCAUAGAAGAAAGAAGAAAUAAAUAUUUAUGAAAGGAAAAAACCAAGGCCUAAUGUUCAAAAUGACUAGGAAAAAGGUACAAGGACCGUCCUCCAUACACAAGGUCAACGUGGAUAAUUCCACAGCAUCUCAAGACGCAUAGCCAUGUCGAAGUUAAAUAUCAAAGUAAAUUUAUUAAUACAGAAUGGAGCCCAUAUGUCAAUCUUAGAAAAGAUCUCGCAAGAAGAAUUAUACCCAAAUUCGACAACGAAUAUUGAUCACAGUUAGAAUCACAAGAUAUUUUUAAGGUUACAGGAAUUUUGAUUUUACCAGGACCGUGAAUACUAUGAAGCAUAUAUCAUACACCGUCUUGCAAAUAUAAAAACCAUUAUCAAAUGGUCUCUUAGGAAGCAAUGGUAAUUUAGGUUUUUAUGUGAAGAAGAACCUUUAAAAAAAUACCGAUAAUAAACGGUAUGUGGAACUCAACAGAUGUUACAGCGUUACCGAAGUAUGAAAGAACCUACAAAUGUACCGGUGCCUGAACACUCAGGAAGGGAUUGAAAGAUAAACCAAAAAGAAAUUACCAGAUUAUGUACCAAAGUUAAAGCGCUAUGCUCAAAAGAAAUCAUUAUGCAUGAAAGAGAAGAUAUACGAAUUAUUAAGCUAAGGCGAAUCCGUGAGAGUUCCUUCAGCUUUGUGUGCAAGCCAUUUAUAAUUCCAAAGAAAGAACGGCUAAUGAAGGAAUAGUCAUAAAUUAUGAGACUUUUUGUUGACAAAAGCAAAUAAUUAUCCGCUGUUAAAUUUGAAGAAAUCGUUUAUUGGUUUAAAUGGAGCCAGAAUUUUACAGCAUCAUAAUAGCAGAUGAUCCAAAUUAUUUUUUGUAUUAUCGUUCAUGUUGGAGCGUUUUUCUAAUCAGAUCUAUCGCUCCAAUUUUGGAUUCUUCGUGAUAUCGUUCGACAUAACGACUAUACGAAGUUUUUUAGCUUCAAUAAGCGCGCCUUUUGGCUUGAAAAAUUGCAUCAUACAUAAUAACUAGAAUUCUAACUUUGAAGUACAGUCACCCAUCACUUAUACCAUUCAAAGUUGCAUGAAUACUUCUUGGUAUUAUUUCCCGAUAAAUUCUCAUGUUUGCUUUCUUAAAGGCUGAGUCCCAGAUAAUAUAUUACAAAAAAGUUAUUAAGCAAUUUGAACACUUAGUCUAAGUGUAAAUUGAAGGCUUGCGGUUUAUAAAAUUUUGGCCUUUGCCGGGUAUUCAUUGCUCAAAUUCGAAUAGCAUAGUUAACGAGCUCAUGCACAUAAGAAAGAAAAAGGGUAUAUAAAAAUAAGCUAAACCCGCCUUAACAACACUUUUACACUGUUUCAUCUUAAGUGAACGUCUACUAAUAAUUCCGCUCCAAUGGUCUAAACUUUUCUUUAUUUUGUCAAGACCUAAUGACCUAAUAACCUAGUUUCCAAUCUAUUUUUCUCCUUUUCCAAAAUAAGUUCCUAAUCAACUUCUAUAAUAGCAUCGUCCUCAUCAGGUGGGUUUUGAGUAGCCUGUUCCACUUCCUCGGUAGCUUCGUCACGGACAAGCAUUUGAACCAAUCUAUAAUUGUUAGCAAAUGAACUUCAUCAUUUGUACUUACUGAUCGCAAAGGGCUUGAAGAUCUUCAUCCUCUACAUGAAGAUGAAGUUCACGAAUAAUAGGAUAGAGUUUGCGAGUUCUCAAGUGUUCUCUUCCAUCACGGGUUGCACAAAGCAAAAUUAAAGAUUCCACGUGUGUUUUCAUCACAAACAAAUCAGGUUCGCGCUUCUUGUCAUCUGGGAGCAAUUGCAAUUCAUCAAACAUGCCCUCCAUAUCUUCUUCAUCCAAGUCUUCCGGACCAGCCAAAGGAAGUAAGAUAUAGGGAAGCAAGUUUACACUUUCUUCAUCCAUAAGAAUUUUAUGGAAAGGUACAUCAAAGCAAAUAUUUUUUAUAAUGGCUGCUACCCCCGUGCGGCGCAAUAAUGAGCUAUGCUCCGUGAAAACAAUCAACUUAGACACUGGAUAAACAUUGUCGUACUCUUGAAUAGUCGUGAAAUAUUGUCGUCCUCUUUCAAAACGUGUCAUAUCAGCAAAGACAUUGGCAAGGAAGUCAAAGUUUGCAUAUUGGUUGAUACCGUGAUUUGUUCCUUUUACAAAAAGAUCCAUCAAUUGAUCAAUAAUGUUUCUGCUAAGAGAAAACUCGCGGAGAGGAACCUGCAUGUCUAAAAUGCGGACAAAAUCUUCCUCUUUGGCUAAAUUGCAGAGAACCAUACAUGACAAAUCGGCCAGACCAUGCAAAGGAUCAGUGACAAUAUUAAAAACAAGCUUUAAAAAUUCAUCAUCCAUUAAAACCCUACGAAUUGCUGCAUUCUGAGACACGUUCACCAAUGCAGUAAUCGCUUGACUAGCAAUUUGGGGUUUAUCCUUCAAUAAAGCCUUUAAAUCCUUUACAGGCUCACAAUUGUUAAUGAACCAAAUAUCAAAUUGAGGGUUAUUUCUUGCAGUAUAAGGAAGUAAAUGCUGAGUAGCCAGCAUUCUCACCUGUGGAUUUUGGUCAUGCAAAAAUCCUGCUAACUGACUUUGUUAGUAAAUUUUCUAUUAUUUUUGCCUACCUCCUUUAAUUCUGACAUCUUUUAAAUAUAAAUAUUUUUAAAAAUUCUACCAACCUUUGCCAGAAUUGUGAAAAUGCAAAGAUCUCUAAAUUUUUGCACCUGGUACGAGUAGGGGACAGCACCACAGCAGAAAAGGUGUCGAAGAAAUUAAGUCGCUAAAUACAAACAAGUAAUGCUGACUUUGAUAAUACUUUACUAAAUUGAAAUUAUAAUUUUUAGGAUAGUAAAACGUUGACUUUCUGUCUAGUAAAUUUAUGAACCAUAUGCCUUG